AUGGUUGAUGGUGUUUUGCGGAACGUGCGUGGAUGGUUGGACGAAAGCGAGCUGCCGACGCCCGAGUUGCGGGAGACGUGCGCCACCACCCACCGCCGCUGUCACGAUAUGGUACUACCACGGACCCUACCCUCAUUCAAAAAGAGCUUCGGAUCUGAGGGAGCACACAUGUCUGCGAAUCUUUACGCCACAACCAUCGGCAGACCGCGCAGAACACAACAUAGGCAUGCUUUCCAGGAGCUUUUGAAAUGGGGGUCCGAUUUGAAUGAAGAUCAUGCGAAGUAG